AUGCCGAAUCGAUCGUCCGCCGCUCCAUCCGGAGCUGGCAGCUCCAAAGCGACCGAACUGCCUUCGCUAUCGCCUCAGGAGUUGGCAGAGAUGCAGAGUCAAGAGAUCGAAGCGCUGACUUCCAUUCUGGGGCAUGACUUUGCACCUUCGCCCGCGCCCCGGACAGCGUGGAACUCGGCACCGGCCAGCGAUGCGCAACCUUCUUUCGAUGUUGUGCUCCGUCCCACGUCGGAGGAGCUCAAAGAGCACCUGGCCGUCGUCGUGAGGCUCAAGCUACCGCGUAGGUAUCCCCUCCUGCCACCCAUAUUUAGCGUGCUCGGUCCAGAAGAAUCGGCAGCAGAUGCGCGCACAAAGGGCAUCACCCCGGCCAGGCGAGCUGCGCUUGGCAGCGCAUUGACGCAGAAAGCCAAGCAGCUGGUGGGCGCAGAGAUGAUUUGGGAUCUCGUGGAGCUUGCAGCAGAGUGGCUCGAUGCUCAUCACGAAGUCAAAGUGGACAAGGAUCCUCUCAAGAGUCUGGACGACGAGCGAGAUCUUCGAGCCAGACGAGCCGAACAGGCCGAGCAAGCCUUGGCUUGUGCUCAGUCGGAGAAGGCAGCUUUGGCGGAGGCAGAACGCGCCAAGAAGCUCGCUGCGCUCAUCGAGGAGCAAUCCGCUCUCAGGAGCGCCGCGAUGGCCGAAGAGAUGGAGAAGCAGAGGAGCAGGCAGAUCGACGCUUCCUCGGCCAGAUCUCCCGGCUUGCUGCGAUCCGAAAGCACCUCCCACAUCCUCUCGCUGAGCUCCGAACAGCUACGGCAGCAAGGCAUCGUCUACUUUGUAGAUCCCAUCGAAAGUCCAGAGGGUGACGACCGCCCUCCGCUUCAUGCAGUCAGGCUAGGCCCUGUACUCCGCAGAGGCGCACUAGCGAACGUCUACCUUGCCGAGCCUGUUCCCGAUGACUCCAUCGUCGCAAACGGGAAGGGCAAGCAACGAGAAUGCGAUGCAGAUCAAGCGGCUGCUCCGUGGGAAAUGCACGUGUUCCGCAUAGACUCGGAGCACUACGCCCUGGUUAGUGGACGAAGACAACUUGAGGAGGUGGAGUGGGAGUUGGACAGGUUGCGUGCCGUCAGGCAUCCGGGCUUGGUCGCAGUAGCAGCGAGCGCCAUGGUCUUUUUGGAUCCGGAAACGGAUGAAGAUCGCAGCCAAGCAAAUCCCGCAACAUCUUCUUUGCGUCAAAGAAGGCUUUACGUCUUACACGACAGGUCGCCUGGGCCCAGCGCAGCGGAGCUGCUCCAGCUCGUACCAUUUGUACCCUGGAAUCGCGUUCGCUUCCUCAUGCUUUCGUUGCUCGGGGGUCUACUGACUCUCCACUCUAGCAACGUCCUUCACAGAAGCGUCAGCUUAGAGAGCAUACAGCUGGUGCGAGAUGCAUCGAAAGCGGCAGACUGUGCGAAGCUGGCAGGAGCAGGCUAUGUGGGUCGCCUAAGCGAGCUGAACACUCAGCAUCCUCUCCGGCGUAGUGAACCGCAAUUACCACUCGCCUCGGCAAAUGACCGCCUGCCAGCGACAUGGCAAGCACCCGAGAUGCGAGAAGGCGGCGACACGAAUGCGCAGCCUACCCCGGCUCAUUCUCGCAAAAAAGAUGUGUGGGACUUGGGAGUAGCCUGCGUGCGAUUGUUGCUCGGAACCAGCGCUUACGAUCGCUUUGCGAGCCCCUCGGAGGCCCUGUCUUCUGAGGAAGCGGUCCACACCGUACCUGCUCAUGCGCGAACCUGGAUAUCGAGCCUCCUGGAGCGAGCCACCAAAAGGCGACCGUACGCUGCUAAUGCUCUUGCUUCCUUGGAAGAGAUUAUCGCGUACGAGGAGACGCAUGCUCAAUCGGGUAGCGCUACGCAAGAGCCGGGCGACGGAGGCGCCGGCCAUGCUAGACAACCCGAAUCUGCGCUCAAGGUGCCGGCUGGCUUGGCUGCCAAGAGCCCAUCUUCGCCGCUGGGGCUGCACGACCUCGGCUUACCAUCGGCUGUCCCACCGACGAGACCAGGCAGCUUUUGGCAGCUCCGACACGCAGCAGCGACUCAGGCGAGUGGGGCGAUGAGCAGGUACGAGAGCGAUUUUCAAGAACUCGAGCUGCGUAAGUUGCAUUGGCAGACGGCUCGAAGGCGUCCGACCCGUUUGCUGAUGGUGUCGUGCAUCCGCAAACAGUCGGAAAGGGCGCGUAUGGAGCUGUCUUUGCUGCACAGAACCGUCUAGAUGGAAGAAAGUACGCCAUCAAGAAGAUCAAGCUGUCUAGCUCGGUCGAAAAUGAUGAGCGCACACUUCGAGAAAUCACUGCUCUGUCCCGUCUCAAUCAUUCUUAUAUUGGUGAGGCAAGGUGCCAAGCAGAUCAUUGCGAACAGGGAAGCGGUGGCUUCUGACGCAUACUGUCCUUGGUUACGCAGUGAGAUAUGUCACUUGUUGGAUCCAGGAAGAAGAUGCUCACACGACUGCAGGGAGUAGCGAAAUGAGCUCGACGAUUCCUACAACGUCAAGCUUUGCCAAGGGUUCCAGGCCGAGCAACGGCAACGCCGACGAGUCGCUGCAUCUAGGUUUCGCCGCAGAUGAUUUUUUAUCUGUCGGCCACGACGCUUUCUCCAAAGGUGGAGAGGUUCGUUUUGGAGAAGAAGAAGACAGCAGCGAAUCGAGCGAGGGGCCGUCGGAUGCAGAGUUGAGCAAUGAAGAGGAUGACAGCGAUGACGAGAGCUCGGCAGGCGGCGGAUUGCUGGCUUUGCGCUCGGUCACCCCGACCAAUUCCAUUCGGAAUGGUCGGGCGAUCAGUCAGCGUCCGAGCGCGUCCAGAGCGGCUUCGCGCAGAGCUUCGCACAAACCCGAGGCGAGUCCACCGCUUCUCAGCGCUCGACCUCGAUGGCUGUUUGUCCAAAUGGAGCUCGUCGAGAAUCAAACCUUGAGAGAGACGAUAGACAAGGGCAUGACGUUCGAAGAUGCUUGGCGGCUAUUUAGACAGAUCAUAGAGGCGCUGGUCCAUAUACGUGAGUCUGAGGGGUCCCCAUUGUUGGGCGUCCAGGCAGCUGACUUGCCAACUCGCAAACAGACUCUCUCGGCAUCAUUCAUCGGGAUUUGAAACCUUCCAACAUUCUCAUAGAGGCUUCCGGGAAUGUCAAGAUUGGAGACUUUGGUCUCGCCACCACGGCGCAGCAUGCCGGCGACGGACAGGCCCAGACUACGAAUGGAACACUAGACGCGGACAUAAGCGCAUCGACAGAGCUGACGAGCGACAUCGGAACAAACUUGUACAUCGCGUGAGUGACGAGCAGCAGCUGUAUAGCCUUUGAACGUGGACUGAUGCUCGCCAUCACUGCAGACCCGAGGUGGAGGCGAAAGGCGGCGGAGGUCGGUACGAUGCCAAAGUAGACAUGUACGCAGCUGGAAUCAUCUUCUUCGAGAUGCUGGCUGCGCAGCGAGUGUAUCAAACCGGCAUGGAGCGCGUAAGCGUCCUCCGACAACUGAGAAGAGCGGACGUCGUGUUUCCUGACGCAUGGCCAGAAGCGCAACUUGUGCCCCAGACCAAGAUCAUCAAGAUGCUUUUGACGCACGAUCCAACAAAGCGUCCUUCGCCGCUUGAGCUCCUCAAGAGUGAUCUGCUCCCCGCCAAGCUUGAGGUGAGCAUUGUGUGCUGAGCGCCACAUCGGACGGGCCGGUGCUGACAGGCAAGAGUGCAUUUCGGCAGGACGAAGUGUUGGCCGAGUGCAUGCGGCUCAUGUCGAACCCGUCUAGCGCAUACAACCAUCAGCUUCUAGAAGCUCUUUUCAACCGCGAAGAACCCAAAGAUUUGCGCUGGGCUCGAGAUUUUACUUUUGACGCCGGCACGGAAGAGAGCGCCGGGCAAGACCAUCGUCUUGUAGCCGUCUUGUGUGACCACCUGCGACAGAUAUUCCACCGUCACGGCGCCGUCGAGCUGGAUGCCCCUCUUUUGCUUCCUCCGAACGACCUGUACGAUGAUACACGCAAGCCGGUGGAAAUGCUUGAUAAGACGGGUCAGGUAGCAUGGCUGCCCUACGAUCUCAUCGUUCCUUUCGCUCGUCUCGCGGCGCGCACCCAGAACCAACGCUUCAAGCGAUACACAAUGCAUCCCGUCUACCGGCAAAACCUUCUGGCAGGCGGACAACCGCUAUCGCUUUUGGAAAUCGACUUUGACGUCGUCUCGCCCGAACGCACAUUCGCAGCAGAGGGAGAAAUGCUUGCAGUCAUCGACGACGUGCUCGAGACGACGCCGGGUCUCAAUCCGGAAGAUUGGGUCGUUCUCAUAUCGCACGGGGAUGUGUUGGAUCUUGCACUCGAGCGCGUACCUUCUAAGCAUUAUCAAAAAGCUCUACAGGCCAUCGGCGGAUUCGCUACAAAGGCUGGCACCGCAGCGGCCAGAGCAAAGCUAUUGGAUUUGCACCUUCCUCGAUCCAUCGUCGAGGAGUUGGAAUCCUUCAACGUGUCCGAUAGCAUCGCCGUUGUCCAGCCCAAGCUCGAACGCCUGGUAGCUGUGGAUCUUCGACCGCGCCUCCGUCGAGCCGUUCAGGAAAUAGAGAGCGUUAUCAAGGCUGCAGAACGCUUUGGCUCUAGGAGGCGCUUCUUGUUCACCCCGCUUUUGAUCAGCAACGGCUUCUAUCGCGGUGCUUGCCACUUCCAAGUGGUCAGGUCUUUCAAACGGCGCGAUGUUCUUGUGAGUACGUGAGCAUUGCGAUGAGGAGCGGCAAGACCUGACACUCGAUGGCCUGUCUGCCUUUAGGCCUCUGGUGGCCGCUACGACUGGCUCAUCAAGCAAUUCUCCAGCCCGAGCGGUUCACGUGCACCUCCACAUGCCGUUGGCAUCCAGCUAGCAGCAGGUCGGAUCGCCCUCGCCGUCUCUCGCUAUCACGAACAUGCUCGGACAUACGGUAAUUGGACAGCCAGGCGGUGUGGUGAGCCGUUUCUCUUUCAUCUCUGAGUAUUUGUGGACGACGCUCACCUGCCGUUCUCAACUUUUGCUCUCUUCCAGACGUAUAUGUCGCUGCAAGCUCUUCUGAUCUGGCAACGCAGCGCAUGGAGCUGUGUCAUGAGCUAUGGGCAGCGGGGAUCAGUGCGGACUUGGCGUACGAAGACAUGGUCUCCUCUUCCCCAGAAGUCCUAGCAGCGACGUGCCGGGCCGAAGGAAUUCUCUAUCUCGUGCUGGUGCGGUCCGAGCAUGCGACGACGUGCAAAGUGCGGUCAAUUCUGCACGGCGAUUUUAACGAGGUGCCUCGCGCCGAGUUGGUCGCAUGGUUGGCGGAGCAUAUUGGUCGACAGCGGGCGGGCGAGACGAAUGUCAGCAGCGCAGCUCUGACAAAUGCCGCGUCUAGCUCGAGCGCUUCUCACACGCCCAGUAGCGCCGCAUCUGUUCAGUAUUUGGCGCCUGAACGAGCUUCCAACAAUUCUCGCAAAGCGGAGCGAUCGGGCAACAACGAUAGGCGCGCUCGUCUGCAAGCACCGGCAGCUGCCAAAGCUGCUAGGUGCGUCGAAGCGAUCUCCAAAGACGCUUCGGGCGCACCCAUCAUCGCGGUGGACCUGGUCGGGCCGGCUUUCAAGAGAUUGUGCGCCGCUGCUAUGAUUGGUAAGGAUCAGCGGUUGGAGGGUAACGCGGAAGAGAGGGAGUAUGUGCGCAAUGUGCUGGAUCAGUGAGUUGAUGGCGUAUUCGAGCUGCCCGCAGCGUGCUAUCCAGUACGCGUAGACGCUGAGCGACUGUGCGUGCCAUUGAUCUGCCAAAUCAGCAUCUCACAUCUUGAUCGUUGCGUAAGUGCUGUCUGCUAAAAGCGUCGCCGCGCCGCUCUCUCAUUCCGGCUGAUGUGCGUCGUGUCUUUGCUAUCAAGUGGCUGUACUCGAUCAGAGACGAUCGCGCAGUGCUGGUGUGUCGGGAUUAGGGCAGGCCAGUGUGAAUGCCACGAUUGCAUCUGCACGUCCAUCUUGCCAUUUGAUCUUUUGGAGGUGAUGCCCGUCCAUUCAGCUUCUGAUAUCUCCAAUGCCGAAUCUUAGGCUUCGUUGGCCACUCCUGGCAUCGGUUUGAUGAUUGCUGUGCGCAGGCGUCUGUCCGAUCCCUAA